AUGAAGAUAUGUCUAUGCUAUCUCGGUGACCCUGGAUAUCAACAAGGUAUUGGUCAGGAAAUUGGUGUUAGUCAAGCAAUGGUAUGUCGGAUUAUGGAUAGAGUUGUGAACAGCAUAGUUACACAGUCGAACGAAUGGAUCAAGUUUCCAACUACCAACCAUGAACUGAUGGAGGUCAAGAGGAUAUGGUACUGCCUUGAGAUAAUCAAUACUAAGGGUCAAACAGCAUACAAAAGGUUAAACGAGGUCUUUGCAGCCCCAAUGUUAGUCUUGAUAUGUAACAUCGUUGGAUGCUUUCACUAG